AUGAUCACUAAAGCAGCUAUACACAACAGAGCCAACAUGGGACAACAGCAACGCAAAGACGUAAUGGUCUCUGAAAGUGCUCUCGUGGUCAGUGAUUCAUCUCCACCACCAACCACAGAAACACACACGCCAACAGUCGCCGAAAUAGAGCUUGCAGCGCUUCUGCGAUUGAAAGAACCAAGGCAAUACAACGAUCUACUUCCACCGUUAGAUGAGGAGGAGUUUGAGCUGUUACACAAGGUUCUAAUUGAGUCACCGAAACUGGAACACAGAAGUCAUCUGCGUCUGGAUUUUGACAACAACUUCAUACUAGAACUAGCACAACUGCAGAAACACCAAACACUACCACCGUCUGAGGCCGGUGCUUUUUGCUCACCACACCUUAUCAACCACAUCUUGGCAAAAGAAAGAUCUUUCUCUGCAGCAAAGAAAAAAAUGCAGGUCGGAUGGGAAGGCCGGAUAAGUUCAUAUGUCAAUGCACCGGGUAGAAGUUGGGGGAAAGACACCGACACUGUCUAUGCACCCAUGAUUUGGAACAACAAGCACUGGGUCGGGUUGGCAAUAAACAUUAGCCUCGGGAUAAUAGAGUUACUUGACCCUAACCCUGACCUCUAUUCCAAGAGAAAGGUCGACAGGAUGAUGAGCCCUCUUCUCAACAUGUUUCCAUACCUGGUUCACAAACUGUGUGUUUCUACAACCCAAUCAAACAGUCUGAAACCAUAUACAUGGACCCGCGUACCUAACCUCUACAAUAACAAACGCAGCGGUGAUUGUGGUCCAGUUUCCGCCAAAUUCAUGGAAAUGCAUGCAUCCGGUGAUCCUGCGCCUCACAUGUCCGGUAUGAAAGACAUUCUGGUCGACCAGCUCCGUAAGCAGUACGCUUUAGACCUAUACCACGACCUAGUCCUCCCUAUUUACUUUUGA